AUGAGGGAUAAUCUCAUCAUUAACGGUAUCCCGGAAGUUCCCGAGGAAAACACCGAAAACGUAGUGAUAAAAUUCCUUAGUCGACAGAUGGAAAUAAUUCUCGACCCUUCCAAAUUCCAUCACGUUCACAGAUUUGGGCGCACUGGUACCGGAAGGCCGAGACCCAUAGUGGCCAAAUUUGUACUCUACAAAGACAAGGAGAGAAUACAAAAAUCCCAAAAGAAGCUUAAAGACACACCCUAUGGAAUCAGCGAUAUGUACCCUCGUGAAAUCAACGAAAGACGCAAAGAGUUAUACCCACAUUACAAGCGCGCCCGACAACAAGGGAUGAAAGCAGUGAUGAAUGGUGACAAGCUUUAUAUCAACAAUAAGUUAUUUGACCCACGUGAGCACGUAAACAACAACCACAUGGACACUGACCCCACAACCGGAAGGAAUCAUGGAGUCCCCAAUAGAGGUAGAAGAAUGAACUCUCAAUGUUAG